CGCAUGCGCAGUGCGCACCGAAGCGGCUGCUUGGUGGCGAAGCCGCGGACGCAAUCGGACUCCAUCGGUUGAUUUAACGGCUCGGUUGCGGCUGCUUUCUGACAGUAUCCUUGUCAACUCACAGUCUGUUAUCGAGAUGUAUGAUCCGGAUGACGGUGAGGAUACGCAGUAUGAUGAAGAUGAUGAUGAAAUCACCCCAGAUUUGUGGCAGGAGGCAUGUUGGAUUGUUAUCAGCUCAUAUUUUGAUGAGAAAGGUUUGGUUCGACAGCAGUUGGAUUCAUUUGAUGAAUUCAUACAAAUGUCAGUGCAAAGAAUUGUGGAAGAUGCUCCUCCAAUAGAUCUCCAAGCUGAAGCUCAACAUACUACUGGAGAAGUAGAAGAGCCGCCCAGGUUCUUACUAAAAUUUGAACAAAUCUAUUUAUCCAAACCCACACAUUGGGAAAGGGAUGGGGCACCAUCUCCAAUGAUGCCAAAUGAAGCUAGAUUACGAAACCUUACGUAUUCAGCCCCUCUCUAUGUAGAUAUCACAAAGACAGUGAUUAAGGAGGGGGAGGAGCAGAUGCAAACACAGCAUCAGAAGACGUUUAUAGGAAAAAUUCCUAUCAUGCUUCGAUCCACCUAUUGUCUUCUUAGUGGUCUGACGGAUCGUGAUCUCUGUGAGCUCAAUGAGUGCCCACUGGACCCCGGUGGCUAUUUCAUCAUCAAUGGAUCAGAAAAGGUCUUAAUUGCACAAGAAAAGAUGGCAACAAACACAGUGUAUGUGUUUGCAAAGAAAGAUUCCAAAUAUGCGUACACAGGAGAGUGUCGGUCCUGUUUAGAGAAUUCUUCUCGUCCUACAAGUACCAUCUGGGUCAGCAUGCUAGCGAGAGGAGGACAGGGCGUAAGAAAAAGUGCAAUAGGCCAGAGAAUAGUUGCCACACUACCAUAUAUCAGACAGGAAGUUCCUAUAAUUAUUGUGUUUCGUGCUUUGGGAUUUGUGUCUGAUCGAGACAUUUUGGAGCACAUCAUCUAUGAUUUUGAUGACCCUGAAAUGAUGGAAAUGGUGAAGCCUUCCCUGGAUGAAGCAUUUGUUAUUCAAGAACAAAAUGUUGCAUUGAAUUUUAUUGGUUCAAGAGGUGCAAAACCUGGUGUAACAAAAGAGAAGAGAAUUAAAUACGCAAAGGAAAUCCUGCAGAAGGAAGUGCUGCCACAUGUUGGAGUCAGUGACUUUUGUGAGACCAAGAAAGCUUAUUUCUUAGGUUACAUGGUUCAUAGAUUGCUGUUGGCUGCUUUAGGCCGAAGAGAAUUGGAUGACAGAGAUCAUUAUGGGAACAAAAGGCUGGACCUGGCUGGACCGUUGCUUGCUUUCCUGUUUAGAGGAAUGUUUAAAAACCUACUGAAAGAAGUACGGAUAUACUCCCAGAAGUUCAUAGACAGAGGGAAAGAUUUCAACUUGGAAUUAGCAAUUAAAACACGGAUUAUUUCUGAUGGCCUAAAAUACUCACUAGCAACAGGAAACUGGGGAGAUCAAAAGAAGGCUCAUCAAGCCAGAGCUGGUGUGUCUCAGGUAUUGAACCGUUUAACCUUUGCUUCAACUCUCUCUCAUCUUCGUCGUCUUAACUCUCCAAUCGGAAGAGAUGGAAAGCUAGCAAAACCCAGGCAGCUGCACAAUACUUUAUGGGGUAUGAUUUGCCCUGCUGAGACGCCAGAGGGCCAUGCUGUCGGGUUAGUGAAAAACCUAGCUUUGAUGGCUUACAUUUCUGUAGGAUCUCAGCCCUCACCCAUUUUGGAAUUCUUGGAGGAGUGGAGCAUGGAAAAUCUUGAAGAAAUCUCUCCUGCUGCUAUUGCAGAUGCUACAAAAAUUUUUGUCAAUGGUUGUUGGGUUGGAAUACAUAAAGAUCCUGACCAGCUGAUGACCACACUAAGAAAACUGAGGCGUCAAAUGGACAUCAUUGUAUCUGAGGUGUCCAUGGUGAGAGACAUCCGUGAGCGCGAAAUUAGGAUUUACACAGAUGCUGGUAGAAUUUGUCGGCCUCUUUUGAUUGUAGAAAAGCAGAAGCUAUUGCUGAAGAAGCGGCAUAUUGAUCAAUUGAAAGAACGCGAGUACAACAAUUACAGUUGGCAGGAUCUUGUGGCCAGUGGUGUGGUGGAGUACAUUGAUACGCUGGAAGAGGAGACCGUAAUGCUAGCCAUGACUCCGGAUGACUUGCAGGAAAAGGGCGUUGCAUAUUGUUCAACAUAUACACAUUGUGAGAUUCACCCAUCAAUGAUUCUUGGUGUUUGUGCAUCAAUUAUUCCAUUUCCUGACCAUAAUCAGUCUCCCAGAAAUACGUAUCAAUCUGCUAUGGGUAAACAAGCUAUGGGAGUUUAUAUUACAAACUUUCAUGUGCGCAUGGACACCCUAGCACAUGUGCUGUACUAUCCACAAAAGCCGCUUGUUACAACCCGUUCUAUGGAGUAUCUGCGUUUCAGAGAGCUGCCAGCUGGUAUAAACUCUAUAGUAGCAAUUGCUUCAUACACUGGCUACAAUCAAGAAGAUUCUGUCAUCAUGAAUCGUUCUGCAGUAGACAGAGGCUAUUUCAGGUCUGUAUUCUACCGCUCUUACAAAGAACAAGAAUCAAAGAAAGGUUUUGACCAAGAGGAAGUAUUUGAGAGGCCUUCUCGGGAAACUUGCCAAGGCAUGCGACAUGCUAUUUAUGAGAAGCUAGAUGAAGAUGGGUUAAUAGCACCUGGUGUGCGUGUGUCAGGAGAUGAUGUAAUCAUUGGUAAAACAGUAACACUGCCAGAAAAUGAAGACGAGCUUGAGAGCACAAAUCGACGGUACACAAAGAGAGACUGCAGUACCUUCCUGCGGACCAGUGAGACUGGUAUUGUGGAUCAGGUCAUGGUGACUCUAAACCAAGAAGGAUACAAAUUUUGCAAAAUAAGGGUACGAUCUGUCCGAAUUCCACAAAUUGGAGACAAAUUUGCCAGUCGUCAUGGUCAGAAGGGUACGUGCGGUAUCCAGUACAGACAAGAGGAUAUGCCAUUCACAUGUGAAGGUAUCACCCCAGACAUUAUCAUCAAUCCACAUGCCAUUCCUUCUCGAAUGACGGUUGGUCACUUGAUUGAGUGUCUGCAAGGGAAGGUGUCAGCAAAUAAGGGUGAAAUUGGUGAUGCUACACCUUUUAACGACGCAGUUAAUGUACAGAAGAUUUCUAACCUAUUAUCAGAUUAUGGAUACCACCUCCGAGGCAAUGAGGUUCUAUAUAAUGGGUUUACGGGGCGUAAACUUACAUCACAGAUCUUUAUUGGUCCUACUUAUUACCAGCGUCUGAAGCACAUGGUGGAUGACAAAAUUCAUUCCCGUGCUCGAGGACCUGUUCAGAUCCUUAACAGACAGCCUAUGGAGGGUAGAUCUCGUGAUGGUGGUUUACGUUUUGGGGAGAUGGAACGUGACUGUCAGAUUGCUCAUGGUGCAGCCCAGUUUUUGAGGGAGAGACUGUUUGAGGUUUCUGAUCCUUAUCAGGUGCAUGUCUGCAAUCUUUGUGGACUCAUGGCGAUUGCCAAUACCAGGACACACACUUAUGAAUGCAGAGGAUGUCGUAACAAAACUCAGAUUUCAUUGGUACGGAUGCCCUAUGCCUGCAAACUUCUCUUCCAGGAGCUAAUGUCAAUGAGUAUUGCACCACGAAUGUUGAUUUCAUAAUGGACUGUAAAUGAUCAGCUUUUCUCAGACACGCUAAGUUUCAAAAUAAUAUAUGCGACUGGCAAAAUUAUUUGCAGCGGAGUGUGUAAAGAUGUAUGAGAAGGUGUGAUGGUAUUACUUAUUUAAAUACCAGGUCUUUAGUCACACUUCAUGCGCUUACUGUUCUCACUGGUGGCUUGAUCAGUGGUUUUAUCUUUGCCAGCAUUGUAAGUAGAUUUUGUUGUGAAAACAAAAAUAAAAUUUUGUAUUUUAA